GAAAUAGUGAGAAGACCAAGAUAUACUAAUAGGUUCAUUUCACUUGUACACUAGCCGCCUGUCUUAACUAUACUUUAGUACCUUUGUUUAGUUCAUUUUAAUCUCCACUUGACAUACAAUAUGCUUGCAUAAUCCUAUAAAAUCACUUGAAUCUGUGGCGAAUCAAGAAGGUGUAAUGUGUAGUCAACACAAAGAUAAAAAAUGGAGUUCCCUUGCUCUCUUCAUCUUCUCUUCCUUUCAUGGUUUCUUUCUGCUCAUAUCUUCUGUUUCAUGGCCAUAGCACAAAGAUCCACUUACAUUGUCCAUUUGGACAAAACUUUAAUACCUAAUGUCUUUGCUGAUCACCAACAUUGGCAUUCUUCCACUAUUGAUUCCAUCAAAGCAGCAGUUCCGUCAUCAGCUGACAGAUUCCACUCUGCUCCAAAACUUGUUUAUUCUUAUGACAAUGUGUUUCAUGGAUUCAGUGCUGUUUUGUCCAAAGAUGAACUGAAAGCUUUGAAGAAGUCACCAGGUUUCAUUUCAGCUUACAAAGACAGAACCGUGGAAGCUCACACUACCCACACAUCUGAUUUCCUCAAACUCAAUCCUUCAUCUGGGCUAUGGCCAGCUUCUGGUUUAGGCCAAGAUGUGAUUAUUGGAGUUCUUGACUCUGGCAUUUGGCCAGAAUCUGCGAGUUUUCAGGAUGAUGGUAUGCCUGAAAUACCUAAAAGGUGGAAGGGAAUUUGCAAGACAGGCACACAGUUUAACACUUCAAUGUGCAACAAAAAACUCAUUGGAGCUAAUUACUUCAACAAGGGAAUUUUAGCGAAUGAUCCCACUGUGAAAAUUUCCAUGAAUUCUGCCAGGGAUACUAAUGGUCACGGAACACAUUGUGCUUCCAUUGCUGCUGGAAACUUUGUGAAAAGUGUGUCCCAUUUUGGAUAUGCAUCAGGAACAGCAAGAGGAGUUGCUCCACGAGCUAGGUUAGCUGUAUACAAGUUUAGCUUUAAUGAAGGAACUUUUGCAUCAGAUUUAAUUGCUGCUAUGGACCAAGCUGUUGCAGAUGGUGUUGACAUGAUAUCCAUUUCAUAUGGGUUUCGUUUCAUUCCCAUGUAUGAAGAUCCUAUAUCCAUUGCAUCUUUUGGAGCUAUGAUGAAGGGAGUUCUUGUUUCAGCUUCAGCUGGAAAUCGAGGUCCAGAUGCUGGAACUUUAAACAACGGAUCUCCAUGGAUCUUGUGUGUGGCAUCAGGCCACACUGACCGAACAUUUGCAGGAACUUUGACGCUGGGCAAUGGUUUAAAAAUUAGGGGGUGGAGCUUGUUUCCUGCAAGAGCCAUUGUUAUGGAUUCAACAGUGAUUUACAACAAAACUCUAUCGAAAUGCAAUUCCAAGGAAUUGCUAUCACAAGUUCCUGAUCCCGAACGCACCAUCAUUAUAUGUGAAGAUAAUGGGUAUUCCUCUGAUCAAAUACGUACUAUCAGUAGUGCAAGACUUAAAGCAGGCAUCUUUAUUUCUGAGGAUCCAGGAGUGUUCAGGUCUGCUACAUUUCCCAACCCUGGAGUUGUGAUUAACAAAAAGGAAGGGAAACAAGUCAUCAAUUACGUGAAAAGUAGUGUCAGUCUCACAGCCACCAUCACAUUUCAAGAGACGUAUCUAGAUGCAAAGCCAGCACCAGUUGUUGCUGCAUCUUCCGCACAUGGCCCCUCCAGAAGUUACUUGGGAAUUGCAAAGCCAGAUAUAUUAGCCCCAGGGGUGCUGAUUCUUGCAGCAUAUCCACCUAACAUAUUUGCUACAAGUAUUGGGGAGAACAUAGAGUUGUCCACUGAUUAUAUUCUUGAAUCUGGCACAUCCAUGGCUGCACCACAUAUUGCUGGAAUUGCAGCAAUGCUAAAAGGCGCACAUCCUGAUUGGAGUCCUUCAGUUAUUCGCUCUGCCAUGAUGACCACAGCAGAUCCUUUAGAUAACACUCGAAAACCAAUUAUAGACUCAGACAUUAACAUAGCAGCCACACCCCUAUCUAUGGGAUCAGGGCAUGUCGAUCCCAACAAAGCUCUUGAUCCCGGUUUAGUAUAUGAUGCUACUCCACAAGAUUAUGUAAAUCUUCUAUGCUCUAUGAAUUUCACAGAAGAGCAAUUCAAGACAAUUGCAAGAUCAUCAACCAAUCAGAACUGCUCAAAUCCAUCAGCUGAUCUGAAUUACCCAUCAUUUAUUGCAUUGUAUAGCACAGAGGUCGACUUCACAUUGUUGGAGAGGAAAUUCAAGAGGACAGUCACAAAUGUUGGUCAAGGGGCAGCUACUUAUAAAGCUAAGAUAAAAGCUCCCAAGAACUCUACAGUUACUGUCUCACCGCGGAUUUUGGUGUUCAAGAACAAAAAUGAGAAGCAAAGUUAUACGUUGACAGUUCGUUAUAUAGGUCCAAAUAAUUACGAUGGAUCUAUUACUUGGGUUCAACAGAAUGGAAAUCAUUAUGUUAGGAGCCCUAUAGUAAUAUCUCCCAUAAUUGAGAUCUGGUAAUAAGUCGUGCCAUUUUGUGAAGUAUUUUUCUUUGGGAUGCAGUGGACCAUCAGAUUCUUGAAUUGAAAGUACCAAAACACAAGAACAAUGGGAAAGAUAGCUGGGACGUCGUGUAUGCUGUAUAAAUUUCUUGUAGUGUCCUAAGAAAACAAAUAAAAAUACUACUCUUUCCGUCUCAUGUUAUCAUUUUGCAAAAAUAAUAAUAAAAGGUCUGGUUUUAGCGUUUGAAGUGAA